UCGAGUCCCGCGGCUGGCCGAGCCGGGAGUUCUGUCGGGCCGCUGUAGUUUUUUCGCGGCGUUGGUAGGGGAGUGGCGCCUCCGCCAGAGAAGAGAGGUUCGCCAGGAGUUUCUCCAGAGUUCGGGCUCCGGCCCCCUCGCCACGCCGCCGCCAUGCCCGUCUUCCACACCCGCACCAUCGAGAGCAUCCUGGAGCCCGUGGCGCAGCAGAUCUCCCACCUGGUCAUCAUGCACGAGGAGGGGGAGGUGGACGGCAAGGCCAUCCCGGACCUGACCGCCCCCGUGGCCGCAGUGCAGGCUGCCGUCAGCAACCUGGUCCGGGUUGGAAAAGAAACAGUGCAGACAACCGAAGACCAGAUUUUGAAAAGGGACAUGCCACCAGCCUUUAUCAAAGUGGAGAAUGCCUGCACUAAACUUGUCCAGGCAGCCCAGAUGCUGCAAACAGAUCCUUAUUCAGUACCUGCUCGUGAUUAUCUCAUUGAUGGAUCAAGAGGCAUCCUCUCUGGUACAUCAGACUUGCUUCUGACGUUUGAUGAGGCUGAGGUCCGUAAAAUCAUCCGUGUCUGCAAAGGAAUUUUGGAAUACCUAACUGUAGCAGAGGUGGUAGAGACUAUGGAGGAUUUGGUGACAUACACAAAGAAUCUGGGUCCAGGAAUGACAAAGAUGGCCAAAAUGAUUGAUGAAAGACAGCAGGAAUUGACUCAUCAGGAACACAGAGUGAUGUUGGUGAACUCCAUGAACACUGUGAAGGAGUUGUUGCCUGUCCUUAUUUCAGCUAUGAAGAUUUUUGUAACUACUAAAAGUUCCAAAAGCCAAGGAAUAGAAGAGGCUUUGAAAAACCGCAAUUUCACAGUAGAGAAGAUGAGUGGUGAAAUAAAUGAGAUCAUCCGUGUGUUACAGCUCACUUCCUGGGAUGAGGAUGCCUGGGCUAGCAAGGACACUGAAGCUAUGAAGAGAGCUUUGGCCUUAAUAGAUUCCAAGAUGAACCAGGCAAAGGGCUGGCUAAGGGAUCCCAAUGCAUCACCAGGGGAUGCUGGUGAGCAAGCUAUAAGGCAGAUCCUUGAUGAAGCCGGAAAAGUGGGAGAACUGUGUGCAGGCAAAGAACGCAGAGAGAUUCUGGGAACCUGUAAAAUGCUAGGCCAGAUGACUGAUCAAGUGGCUGAUCUCCGAGCUAGAGGACAAGGUGUUACACCAAUGGCCAUGCAGAAAGCACAGCAGGUGUCUCAAGGUCUGGAUUUGCUUACAGCGAAAGUGGAAAAUGCAGCCCGCAAACUGGAGGCCAUGACCAACUCUAAGCAGGCAAUUGCUAAAAAAAUUGAUGCUGCUCAGAACUGGCUUGCAGACCCUAAUGGGGGAAGUGAAGGGGAAGAACAAAUUCGGGGAAUUAUGGCCGAAGCCAGGAAAAUUGCAGAACUGUGUGAGGACCCCAAAGACAGAGAUGACAUUCUGCGUUCCCUGGGAGAAAUCUCUGCUCUGACAGCUAAACUGUCAGAUCUACGAAGACAUGGGAAAGGAGACUCUCCAGAGGCCCGGGUACUGGCUAAGCAAGUAGCUACAUCACUGCAGAAUUUACAGUCUAAAACAAACAGGGCGGUAGCAAACACCAGGCCAGUUAAGGCAGCUGUUCAUUUGGAGGGCAAGAUUGAGCAAGCUCAAAGGUGGAUUGACAAUCCGACAGUUGAUGACCGUGGAGUAGGCCAAGCUGCAAUCCGGGGACUGGUGGCUGAAGGUCGUCGUUUAGCCAAUGUCAUGAUAGGACCUUAUCGUCAAGACCUCCUUGCCAAAUGUGAUCGUGUAGAACAGCUGGCUGCCCAGCUAGCUGACCUGGCAGCAAGAGGAGAAGGAGAGUCUCCUCAGGCUAGGGCGAUUGCCACUCAGCUCCAGGAUUCUUUGAAGGAUCUGAAAACAAGGAUGCAAGAAGCUAUGACCCAGGAGGUUUCUGAUAUUUUUAGUGACACUACAACCCCAAUUAAACUAUUGGCAGUAGCAGCCACUGCACCUCCUGAUGCACCCAAUAGGGAUGAGGUGUUUGAUGAAAGGGCAGCAAACUUUGAAAACCAUGCUGCUAGACUUGGAGCAACAGCAGAAAAAGCAGCUGCUGUUGGAACUGCUAAUAAAACGACUGUGGAAGGCAUUCAAGCAGCUGUGAAAUCAGCAAGAGAACUCACGCCGCAGGUAAUAUCAGCUGCUCGUAUUCUCUUGAGAAACCCUGGAAAUCAAGCUGCUUAUGAACAUUUUGAGACCAUGAAAAACCAGUGGAUUGAUAAUGUGGAAAAAAUGACAGGGUUGGUAGAUGAAGCAAUUGAUACCAAGUCUCUGUUGGAUGCAUCGGAAGAAGCUAUUAAGAAAGACCUAGAUAAAUGUAAAGUUGCAAUGGCCAAUAUCCAACCUCAGAUGCUUGUAGCUGGUGCCACCAGCAUUGCUCGGCGAGCAAACCGGAUCCUGUUGGUGGCAAAGAAGGAGGUUGAAAAUUCAGAGGAUCCCAAAUUCCGGGAAGCUGUUAAGGCAGCCUCUGACGACCUAAGCAAAACUAUAUCACCAAUGGUAAUGGAUGCUAAAGCUGUGGCAGGAAACAUUUCUGACCCUGGUUUGCAGAAGAGCUUCCUGGAUUCUGGAUAUAGGAUUCUGGGAGCUGUGGCAAAAGUCAGAGAAGCCUUCCAGCCUCAGGAACCUGAUUUCCCUCCUCCUCCUCCCCCUGACAUUGAGCAGCUUCAUCUGACUGAUGAACUUGCGCCUCCAAAACCACCCCUUCCAGAGGGUGAAGUUCCACCACCCAGACCACCUCCUCCCGAAGAGAAGGAUGAAGAGUUCCCAGAGCAGAAAGCGGGAGAAGUGAUUAAUCAGCCCAUGAUGAUGGCUGCUAGGCAGCUACACGAUGAAGCCCGAAAAUGGUCUAGCAAGCCUGGUGUGACUGAGGUUAAUGAAGCCGCUGAGGCUGAUGUAGAUGUAGAUGAGCAGGAGGAUGCAGAUGAUGUUGAAUUCACUCUCCCCUCUGACACUGAAGAUGAUUACGAGCCUGAGCUGCUGUUAAUGCCAACCAGUCAGCCUGUUAACCAGCCCAUUCUGGCCGCUGCUCAGUCUCUGCAUCGGGAAGCAACCAAGUGGUCUAGUAAGGGUAAUGAUAUAAUUGCUGCUGCAAAGCGAAUGGCUCUGCUGAUGGCAGAGAUGUCCCGCCUAGUGAGAGGUGUCAGUGGAAACAAGCGUGCCCUUAUUCAGUGUGCCAAGGAUAUUGCUAAAGCAUCAGAUGAAGUGACUCGAUUGGCCAAGGAGGUGGCAAAGCAGUGCACCGACAAGCGCAUUAGAACAAACCUCUUGCAGGUCUGUGAGCGAAUCCCAACCAUCAGCACACAACUCAAAAUCCUCUCCACUGUUAAAGCUACCAUGUUGGGUAGGACGAACAUCAGUGACGAGGAGUCAGAACAGGCUACUGAGAUGUUGGUUCACAAUGCCCAGAACCUUAUGCAAUCUGUAAAGGAGACUGUGAGAGAAGCCGAAGCAGCGUCUAUUAAGAUUAGAACAGAUGCUGGAUUCACUCUUCGCUGGGUUAGAAAGACUCCUUGGUAUCAGUAAACAACUGCCAACUAACAUUAUCUUCUGUAACAUAAAAAGCCUUUUUGAAGCAGAAGAGAAUUUAACAGCAAAAUGUGCUGUAAACGUGAGCUUA